AUGGCAGAGACUGCAGUAGCUUAUGUACUCAAAGAGCAGUCCUCCUUUCUCCUGCAUCAGGGCACUAAUUUGGGAGGAGAACUUCACAGAGAAGUCGAGUUUGUUAGAGAUGAAUUGGGAAGCUUGAGGGCUUUCCUCAGAGAUGCCGAAGCUAAAGAAUAUGAUGUUUUUGAGCUUCAAGAAUGGAUCAGGCAAGUGCGUGAAGUUGCUUAUGACACAGAAGAUGUUCUUGAUGAAUUCAUACUGCGUUUUGCUCAUCAUCAAGCUAAUGGCUUCCAUGGCCGUGUUCAAAAAAUCUAUUACUCAAUCAAGAAUCUAAGGGCUCGCUGUAGGAUUUCUUCCGAGAUGAAAAAUCUCAAGUCCAGAGUAAUUGAUAUUUCUGAAAGACACAAGAGAUAUCAGCCCAUAUAUGGUAAUCAGGGAACCUGCUCUAGUUCCGCUGCAGGCUCUAGUUCUACUCCUGCUGCAAAUCUAGACAAUGACAUUCGUGAGAUUUCAAUCCUACUUGAUGAAGAUAAACUUCUCGGCAUCAAAACACCCAAAGAAGAGCUCAUUUCACGUGUCCUAAAUAAUGAUUCCCACCUUAAAGUAAUUGCUGUUGUGGGGAUGGGAGGGCUCGGGAAGACCACCCUGGUGAGAAAAGUCUUCGAAGAUACAGCUGUAAAAACGCAAUUCAAGAUCCGUGUUUGGUUAACUAUUUCUCGAACUUUUGAUAUCAUGGUGAUUCUCAAGACCAUGAUUCAUAAAAUUUUUUAUGAGAUCAAUGAACCAGUCCCUCAUCAACUGAUGAAUUCUACAGAUAUCAUAAGGUUGGGUGCAUUUGUCAAAGACUUUCUCCAAGAUCGAAGUUACAUUCUUGUCCUUGAUGAUGUGUGGAGUGAACGUUUGUGGGAUGCUCUUAAAAAUGUAUUGCCGGAUGGCAAUUUUCAUGGUCAAGUUAUAUUGACCACACGGAUAAUUCAUGUUGCCAAAGCAGCUCGUUUUGGAUCACAUAACUAUAUCCACUGGAUGAAGCCUCUUUCUGUAAAGGAUUCCUGGACACUUUUCUGCCACACAACAUUUCAAAGCGAUCACUGUCCCCCACAUCUACAGCAAGUUUCAGCAAGAAUAUUGAGGAAAUGUGAGGGCCUGCCCCUUGCAAUUGCCACUAUUGGUGGGGUAUUAGCUCUCAAAUAUAAGGACAGAAUAAAUGAUUGGGAAACGAUUCUUCGUAACCUUGGUGAUGAACUUGAUGCUAGUGCUAAACUUGAUCCAAUCAAAAGGAUACUCCUCCUUAGUUACAAUGACUUGCCCCAGAAUCUCAAAAACUGUUUCUUGUAUCUAAGCAUUUAUCCUGAAGACGCCUUAAUAGGUGUGGAUGAUAUGCUUGACAAAUGGAUUACACAAGGAUUUGUGGAAGAGAAAGAAGGAAUGUCAACUUUUGAUAUCGCUAAUCGGGGCUUCCAUGAACUUGUCAACAGAAGCUUAGUUCAAGUGCAAACAGCAUAUUGUGAUGGAAUAAAUUGCUGUCGAGUUCAUGAUUUUUUGCGUGACAUGAUUGUUUCCAAAGGCAGGGAGCAGAAUUUCAUAACUAUAGCCGUAGGAAAUUACAGCGGGUACAAUGGCCGUAUAUCAGGACCGGUAGUAUCCAAGUUUUUAUGUGGUGGUUCUAAGUUGCUAAAGGUGUUGGAUUUAUCGGAGGCACCAUUGGAAGAUAUCCCAAAGGAAGUUUUCAAAUUAUUCCUUCUCAAAUGUCUGUGUCUUCGAAGAACAAAAGUUCGGAUCAUCCCCAAAUCUAUUGGGAAGCUUCAGAAACUUGAAAUUUUAGAUCUAUUUUACACCAAUGUAACAAAGAUACCAGUGGAAAUUCUGAAGCUGAGGAAACUUCAUGUCCUUUAUGUAGGUCGAAUAGAAAUAUCUGCAGAAUAUCACGGUCUACGUGGCUUUAAAUCCCCAGAUAAAAUUGGAAAGCUUCUUUCCUUGGAGAAUUUGCAGGCUAUAGAGGCAGAUAAUGAGAAAAUUUUGAGAGAAAUAGGGAAGCUAACGAAAUUGAGAUCGUUAAGCAUUACAAAGCUAAGAAAAGAAGAUGGCAAGGAGUUCCUUUGCUCUCUGGAGAAGCUCACCAAUCUUAAAACAUUGGUUGUCCAGUCAAUUGAAGAUGAUAUGACCCUUGAUCUACGGCAUCCCAUUUCUCCAACGCCUCGACUUCUCGAAAUUCUUUCGUUGCAGGGGCACAUAGGGAAUAUACUACAAUGGGUAUUAUCUCUCCAAAGCUUAACCAAUUUGGUUUUGGACAACAGUGGAUUAAGGGAGGAUGAUGGAACAAAAGGGAUAGGAUCCCUUCAAGAUUUACCCAAUCUGAUAGAACUUACCCUCCAACAUGCUUAUGAAGGUGAGAUGCUACUUUUUAGGGCAGGAGGAUUUCGAAAGCUCGAGAAAUUGUCCAUUACAAGUUUAGAAAGGUUGAAAUGGCUGAAGGUGGAAAAUGACUCCCUGCCUAGUCUCCAAAGGCUAAGCAUGACAGACUGUAAACUACUAGAGGAGUUGCCUUUGAGCGCUGAAAACUUGAGGAAGCUGGAAUCCCUUUUUUUGGUGGAUAUGUCUGAUGGAUUGGUAGAGAAAGUGAUGAAUUUGGCUGAACAAAGCGAGCUGUAUCAAGCUCUAAAGAACAUCCCUAUAGUUCGCAUAUCUCGCCUUAAAUGUAUGGAAAAUAGCAGAGUGCGAACCUUUGUCCCAUAG